AUGAUCUCCCUCACGCACCAGAGAUUGCGCCGGAAGCCGUUGCACGGUGCCUCCGGGCUUUUCCCCCCUGACACCGCGCCUGGGCCUCGUGGACUCCGCGUCCAACACCUGAAAGAUGCGAAUGUGGCCGGCAGCAGCGACGCUUUCCUCUCCCAGCUCACCGCUGUUGUGAACUUGCUAGCUCAAGGAAGAGCCCCAGACUUCUUAGCCCCGGUGUUGGCCGGCGCGGGGCAUGUUGCCCUCCCCAAACCUCAGGGCGGGGUUCGGCCAAUAGCAGUGGGGGAGAUCCUGCGUAGACUGACCGGCAAGUGCCUGAUGGGCUUGGUGCGGAAUGAUGCCCAGCUGCAAUUUGAUGACUGGGCUGUUGACUCCUGCACCGGGGUCUUGGGCCGCUCCUUUUUGCAGCUGCUUUGCAACCCUUGGCUCAGGACCUUCGCAAUGCAGGGCUGGACAUCGCUGUGCACUACCUGGAUGACGGGGUCCUUGCUGGCAACCUCCACACCGUCAGUGCUGCCCUUCGCCUGGUUGAAGCGCGAGCCGCCAACAUUGGGCCGCCUGAACCUCGCCAAAUCUGAGCUGAUUGCUGUUGGUCGCUUGGACGUUGCGGCCCUCCAUUGCCAUUUUCCGGAUGCUUUGCUCCGCACCCACGCUGAUGGAAGCUGCCGCGUCGCCCGCAACUUUGAGCUCUUGGGGGCUGCCAUCGGUGAAGAUAGCUUCAUCCAUUCGCACACGGUGGAACGGGCCGCCAAAGCUGGUGACUUGCUUGACGCUUUGGGUGAGCUGGAAGACCCCCAAGUUGGAUUGCGGCUCCUGCGGGCCUGCGCUGGCUUCGCAUUGCAACCCCGCCGCCUUCGUUCCACUCCACUCCAUGCCUCCGCUGCUUUUCUGGCGUCCUGGGCAUCUGCCCUCCAGGCUGGCCCCGAGCUGGAUGUUACCUUCUGUCCCAAUGAGGCCAAGUCUUGCCCCGAAGUUGUUGAGGCCCUCGCUUGCUUCAAUUCCAAACUUGAGCCUGCGGCUAACAUCAACUUGGACGAUAUCCUUUCCAGCAAGCAACACGCCCUGUCCCAGCGGCUAGACAAUGCUGGCUGGCAGGAACAGCUCGGCAACGCUACCCCUGCUGGACGCGCAACCCUGCUCUCAGAAGCCUCCGUUGGAGGCCGAGCUUUUCUUGCUGCCAUACCUUCAGGCCGCACCCGCAUGGAACCUGCAGCCUUUAUUUCCGAGCUUCGAGCCCGACUGCAGAUCCCUGAUGCUGACACGGAUGCGUGGUGCCCGCUUUGUGAUGGGGUUUUGGACAUCCACAACUACCAUGCGGGGAUGCGUGUGGCCGGCGGCGAGCGCACUCAACGCCGGAACGGGAACGGCCGGGCCUUUUGCUUCCGCAAAGCCCUGAGGAUAGUCACAGAUGUCACAGUGCUCGCCGGCGCCCUGCCGAUGUUUUCUUGCCAGCCUUUGCUGCCUUCUGCCCUAGAUUUCGCCAUCACGGCUCAACAGCGGCAGGAGACCCUCGCCCAGGCGAGCCAGAAACCCUUGGCUGCUGCCGCGGCAUAUGCCCGGCACAAAGAAGCUCACCUUCAAAGUGCAGAGGCGUGCCGCGCACAAGGAGUCUGCUUUAUCCCCAUGGUUGCUGAAAGCACAGGUGCUUGGGAUGCUGACGCCAUGAUUUUGCUGAAGCACGUCGCCCAAGCCGUUGCAGCCCAAUCAGGGGAGGACCCAUGCAACUUGUUCCUCCCUUCUCCUCCAAGAGUUGGGGGUGGCAAUUCGUUCUUUUCGGGCUCGUGCCGCCCUGCGGCGUCGCAGCAAGGGAGUUGCUCGUUGACACUUCCCACCGUGGCAGUCAUCUUCUGA